CUUUUUCCACUUAGGGGAGUAAUAUCUUGUUAGUUAGUGGGUUGCUGAUUUUCUCGUUGAGUGUAGCUUAAAAUUGCACGUGGUCACCCCGAAAUAGUAUUUAUUUUAAAGUUAUAAUUUGUACUUCAUAAAUAGAGGUGUAUAAAAUAUUAAAUUCUCAUUUAUAUUUUUAGAAUGGCGUUUCUGAGAUCAAUAUUUAAUAAGUGUAGUGUGGCCAAAAAAUUUCGUUUGAACUCUCAGACUAGUAGCAUACUAUCAACGAGGAAUUCUGUACCUGCUAUUGAAAACGAAAACCAAAAUCGGUGCCGAAGUUCUACUGCUGCUGAAUUAUGUGAUGUGAGAGAUUCUCCUCCCAGGAGGGAUCCCUUGGAUACUUCUUUUAACGACCCUGAAGCCGCCUUUAAAAGUAAAACAACAUUCGAAAUUUUAAGAGCAUACAUAGUUUAUACACUAUGUUCAUCAAGUUAUUUAGUUGAACAUAACAUGGAGCUAAUGAAACUCUGCAAGUCGAUACUUGGAGAAAGACUGUUUGUACGAUUAAUGAAAGCUUCUUUUUAUGGCCAUUUCGUUGCUGGAGAAGAUCAAAAUAGAAUAGUUCCCACUCUUACCAGACUUAGAAGUUUUGGUGUCAAACCCAUUUUGGAUUAUUCUGUUGAAGAAGAUCUUAGCCAAGAAGAAGCAGAAAAAAGAGAAGUCGAGUCUAGUGUUUCUGAGAUAAAAUCAGUUGAAGCUGCCUCAGAAGCUUCAUCAGUUGGUGGGGAAAUGCCUCAAUAUAAUGUUACCAAAACAUUUGCGGAUAGAAGAUAUAAAGUUCAAAGUGCACGUACAUAUUUCUAUUUAAAUGAAGCUACUUGUGAACGAAACGUAGAAACAUUUUUGGAAUGUCUCAAUGCUGUUGCAGGAGCUACUUAUGGCACAGGAAUAACCGCUAUUAAGCUAACUGCUCUUGGGAGACCUCAGCUCUUGUUGCAACUUUCUGAAGUUAUUAUGCGAGCUCGUAAAUUUGUUAGUGAAGUAAUCGGUGGCCAAGGAAAUGUAAUUGGGCAGAAAUUAACUGCUGCUGAUUUAGAGAAAAGAUUAGAACAAGCUGGCAUUAAGGAUACUAAAAAGUUUCUUGAAAAAGUUGUUAAAGACAGUGAAGGUGUGAUACAUUUGUUCCCCUGGAGUGGUAUAGUUGAUGAAAACUUUGGACUUAAUGACACUUUCCGUGUUCCAAGUUUGAAGGAAGGAAGAAUGGUUCGACUGAUAUCUCAGUUGUCAUCUAAGGAAGAAGAAAUGUUCCGUAACAUGAUAAGGCGUGUUAAUACUUUAAUCAAGGCUGCUAAAGAUCUAGAUGUGCGUGUUAUGAUUGAUGCUGAACAAACAUAUUUCCAACCAGCCAUUUCAAGGAUAACUCUUGAAAUGAUGAGAAAAUACAAUACUGAUAAAGCAAUUGUUUUUAAUACAUACCAAUGUUAUCUGAAAGAUGCUUUAAAGGAAGUUUCUACCGACUUAGAACAAGCCAAGAGGCAAAAUUUUUACUUUGGUUGUAAAUUGGUGCGUGGUGCUUAUAUGGAGCAAGAACGAGCAAGAGCCGCAGCAUUAGGUUACACUGAUCCCAUAAAUCCAAAUUAUGAAGCUACUUCUGAAAUGUACCAUCAAACUCUUACUGAAUGCUUAAGAAGAAUUAAAGACUUCAAAAAUAAAGGACAGGCCAACCGUAUUGGAAUUAUGGUUGCAUCUCACAAUGAAGAUACUGUUCGAUUUGCUAUAGAAAAGAUGAAUGAAUUAGGAAUUGCUCCAGAGGAUAAAGUAAUCUGUUUUGGCCAAUUGCUUGGAAUGUGUGAUUAUAUAACAUUUCCACUUGGACAAGCAGGCUAUUCUGCAUACAAAUACAUACCUUAUGGGCCUGUCAAUGAAGUAUUGCCAUAUCUUUCAAGAAGAGCCCAUGAAAAUAAAGGAAUCUUACAGAAAAUACAAAAAGAAAAACGGCUUCUGCUUGCAGAACUCCGUAGAAGGUUAUUGAAAGGACAAUUAUUUUACACUCCUCGAGGAAAUUAUACACCUGUAUAAAAUUCAGUUAUAAAUAUAUCUUAUUUUUGUGAUGAUUUGUUUUUAAGUCGUAAUAGGUGUAAUAUAGCUUAGGGUUCAAAAGGAAUCUCAAUGUUAUUAUAAAUGGUUAUAUACGUGAUAUUUUCGAUGGUUUCUGUUAGUAUUAACUUGAAAAUUUUGUAUACAUAUUUAACUUCAUAGGUGUAUCAUUGUCAAUAUAAUUUUGUCCCUAAUUAAUUGUGAUAAUCCUUGUUGAUGAAAGACAGAAUAAAACAAUGAAAAUGUGCAAUUUAAGUUUUGUAUGUCUGUAUAUAAUACAUUAACCACAUAUAUAAUGGUUAAAAUUAUUACUUCUGUCCAUCUUACCUAUAUUUAGUAACCUGUAAGGAUGUAUUAUUAUCGAAAUUCGUUUGUAAAUAAGCUAAAAAAAUCGAGAACAAGAUUAUAAUUUAUUUUGAUUGAUUAUCGUUCAAAAUUAUUUUAAAAGGUAAAUAACUAAACCUUAAAUAUCAUUUUGCUGUAUAUUUCUCCUGUCAUAUUUUUAUAAGC